AUGGCGAUGCACGAGGCUCGCAGCUUGUCCGUGCGUGACAUGAUGGACUUGGGACAAACUCCUGACACCCUGACCGCGCUUCUGAAUGAGGAACUCCCUGUACGAUACGCAAGGCGCAUCUCGAUGUUGGAGGCCUUGCCGCAUUGGCAAGACAAGGAGAGCAUCAGGCAUGUCCGGGAGAUGUACAUCAAGUCUUUCAAGGAGCUUCGGCUAUGCAGUGCAGAAGGCUUGUCCGAAUCUGAGCUCAGGCUAGCCUUGGCAAAAAUCAAGCGUCGCCAUACUCGGACAAACCUGCUCGUGCAGGGCUUCAAGGAGUAUCUGCAGCAAGAGCAGCUGACCGAGACUCAGAUCAACGAUUGGCUGGACCAGUUUUUCAAAUUACGCAUAUCGACCAACUUGCUCAUCUCCCAGUUCCUUGAGAUAGCGAAUGACGCAUCGCAGGGCAGUGAAGCUGAUGCGAGCUUCGACCCCUAUCAGAGCUUCAUCAGCACCAAGUGCGAUCCCCUGAAGAUUGCCGAGCAUGCUGCAAAUGUUAUUCAGAAUCUUUGCCACGAGUGGUACGGAUCCGCGCCAAAAAUCAUCGUCACAGAUGCUGGGGCUGUGCCGUUCACCUUCGUACCACGCUACAUGUUCUACAUCCUUUCUGAGCUGCUAAAGAAUGCUGUUCGGGCAACCGUGGAGCAGCAUUCAUUCUCUGGAAACUCCGAUAUGGUGCCGAUCUCUUUGGUUGUGUGCACUGGACGGGGCGUCACCAGCGUUCGCAUCUCUGACACAGGAGGUGGAAUUCCGGUGGACAGACUUCCUCAUGUCUGGUCCUACCUCUACACCACUGCCCAGCCGCAGGAUUUUCCGAUUACAAGGGAAUCGGUGGAUGCUCCCACGAGGCUCCGCCAUGUAGAAAUGUCAAUGCAGCCUGGUCAUAGUCUGCUGGACCAGGACGAAGACACAUCCCAAGAGCAUCGAAUUCUUCUCAGGUCACCGCUCGCAGGGCUUGGCUGUGGACUGCCACUGAGUCGGCUCUAUGCUGAGUACUUGGGAGGCCGGCUCAAGCUGCAGACGCUCCCCAGGUAUGGCACCGAUGUGUUCGUGUAUUUAAACAGCGUGGGGAACAGUGCCGAGAUGCUCAGUGCGAUCUGA